AUGAUCAAAUUCAUCCUCGUCCAAAAUCGACAAGGCAAGACCCGGCUAUCCAAAUGGUACACACCCUAUGACGACGACGAGAAGGUCAGAUUACGCGGCGAGGUGCAUCGCCUGAUCGCGCCUCGAGAUCAGAAAUAUCAGUCCAACUUUGUCGAGUUCCGGAGCGACAAGAUCGUCUACCGCCGAUAUGCCGGUCUCUUCUUCUGCUGCUGCGUCGAUUCGAACGAUAAUGAGCUGGCAUACCUCGAAGCUAUACAUCUCUUCGUGGAGGUCCUUGAUGCAUUCUUCCAGAACGUCUGUGAAUUGGAUCUCGUCUUCUCCUUCUACAAGGUCUACGCAAUACUAGACGAAAUCUUCCUUGCGGGCGAAAUAGAAGAGACGAGCAAGCAAGUCGUUCUCGAUAGGUUAGACUACCUCGAGAAGCUGGAAUAA